AUGGCGGUGAACUCUGAUGUUCCUGUUGCCAGUCCUGCAUUUUCAUGUUUACAGAAGUUUGAGAAGCUAAACUCAAAGAAAAGUAAUUCUUUCACAAUAUUUGGAAAGGAACGCUAUGAUGAAAACAACACAGCCAGAAGUAACAAGCAUCAUAUUCUCUUUAAUUGGUGGGAUGCAUGCACAAAGAUUGGUGGUCAGUGUAAAAACCAAUGUGGUCAUGGAGAAUUUAGGAUUAUAUACUGUGCAAGACCUACAACGCAUUGCUGUGUAAAGGAAUGUGAUCCCACCCAAUAG